AUGGCCAAUGAGACUCACGUCCAGCAUGUGGAAGAACCAAAAGUAGUCCCGUCUCAGACGGAGGUCGUGGGGGAAGAUGGUCUGAAACCGGCAGUCGUGGACACUGUACACGGUGAUGAAGCUCUCAAAAUCAUUGUUGCUCAAGGUGGAGAUGACUAUUGGGAUGAACAGGAAGAGAAGAAGCUUGUCAGAAAGAUCGACCGGCGACUACUUCCUGUUCUAUGUGUCACCUACGGGAUUCAAUUCUAUGACAAAGCGAUGCUGUCGCAGGCUGCGCUAUUCGGCCUGAGAACAGACCUAGACCUGGAGGUCGGAAAUCGCUUUGUUUUUUCAUCUUCUAUCUUUUACCUUGGCUUCAUCGUUGGUGCAUAUCCGGCCAUAUUUAUGGCUCAACGGUGGCCCAUUGAACGUGUGGCCGCGGGCAUCAGCUUCAUCUGGGGGAUAACUGUCAUGUGCAGUGCCGCUUGCAAGACCUACGGCGGCUUCUUUGCCCAGAGAUUCUUUCUCGGUGUCAUUGAGGCAGGCAUAUCACCAAUUUUCAUGCUCGUUGUUGGGGGGUGGUAUAAGAAAAACGAACAAGCUUUCCGAAUGGGUGCUUGGUUUUCUUGCACGGGCUAUAUAUCCAUCGUGAGCCCCUUGAUCAACUACGGACUGGGCCACAUCACGGGAGGCGCCCUUCAUCCUUGGCAAUACAUGUAUUUGUUUGCCGGCGGUAUAACCACUCUCUGGGCAAUUGUUGUCCUAUCUUUUAUGCCACCGGAUCCCAUUCGAGCGAAAAAUUUCACAGACCGCGAGCGGUACAUUGCCGUUGCACGUCUCAGGAGCAAUAACAGUGGCGUCCGAAACGUCCAUUUCAAGUCCUCUCAGGUCAUCGACGCUCUAACGGACAUCAGAUUCGGCCUGGUAUUUUUCACUACCUUCCUCAUGUUCUUUGCUAAUGGAGCAAACGCAACAAUGGCACCCAUCAUUGUCAACAGCUUCGGUUACUCCACCCUCAAUUCUCUCCUUCUGGUGGCACCAGCGGGUUUUGCGUCAGGUACGAUCGAACUCAUCGUUUGUUACCUGGCGUAUCGUUUCAAGAAUAUCCGCAUUUACCUCUUUGUCAUCUGCGUUGGCAUGACUAUGGCGUGCUGUUUGCUGCUCUGGCAACUACCUCGCGCAGAUAAAGCGGGCCUCCUUGUCGCAAUUACGUUCCUCCCCAGCUUCGGAGGUGGAUAUGCUAUCCUCAUGGGCCUGCAGAUAGCCAAUACGGCCGGUUACACCAAACGAUCCGUGACGGCCUCAGGACUGUUUAUUGCUUGGUGCCUUGGUAACUUUACCGGGCCUUUGCUCUUCAAAGAAGAAGAUGCCCCUGUUUAUGGUCCCGCUUUUGCUGUCACCGUGGCGGGGUCUGCUGCGGCCGUGGUCUUGGCUACUAUCUACCGGUUCGUGGCCAGUUAUGAGAAUCAUAUCAGAGAUAAGAGUGGCACAUCAGAGGCUUACGAGCACGCCUACAAUGAUGAUUUGACCGAUAGGAAAAACCAGCAAUUUAGGUAUGUGCUAUGA